UGUGAUAUUGUUUUUGUACUCGAGUACUCGACUAAAAUUGAGUUACGGAUUUGGAUUGAAGUUAAUAGUUAUAAUUUAUAAUUCAUGGUCGUGAACGACAUGAACUAAGAUAAUUAAAUUUUAUCUUGGUUCAUGGUUCGAGUAUAGAUAUACAACGAGGAUAAUUAUUAGUAAGAAUGAAAAAAAAUAUUUUCAAUAAGAUGGAAAAAAUUUUGAAGCCACUUGGGUGUGAAGUGCGUGGAGUUGACUUAAAAACUGAAAAUAGACCUGAAAUUAUCAAACAGAUACAGGAAGAUGUCACUGAACAUAGAAUCUUAAUAUUUAAAGAUCAAGGAAUUAUAAGUGGUGAUAGACACGUCGAGAUCAGUCGUUGGUUUGGAGAAUUAGAAUCUACAUUUUACAAACAUCCAAAAUCACCUCACCCUGAUGUUUUUCGAGUAUCUAAUGAUAAAAAUGAAGGAUGCACAAAUGUUGGGCGAUCUGGUUGGCACAUAGAUGGAACAUUCCAACCAGCACCAUUUAGCUAUUCUUUAUAUCAUAUGGAGUCAGUACCUAAAGAAGGACAUACAUUAUUUAUUCCACUGACCGAAUUAAUUGAAAGUUUGGAUAAAGAUACUUAUGACACUUGGAAUAAAGCUUGGAUGGUCAGUGAUAGAAGAUCAUCACCUAUCCAUCCACUGAUAUAUAGUCAUCCUCAAACAGGCAAACCGGUAUUAUGUUUUCAUUUGGGAAUGACUACUGGUUUUAUUUGGAACUAUAAACUUCCUACAGAAGCAACUGCUAGCCAUGAAGAAUACGAAACACUUUUAAAAUCAAUAGACAGUAAAAUCAAUCAAGAUAAUGGAAAGUAUAUAUAUGUACACAAGUGGGAACCUGGCGAUUUCAUUAUAUCUGACAACUUAGCUGUUGGACAUUUCGCUCAUUCAAGUACACAGGCACCCAGAAGUGAAGUUGGCCUCAGAGUACUACAUAGAACUACUGUUAAAGGAACAACUCCACCAAAGAAAUAAAAUACAUUAUUUUAUUAACAUAAUUAUUGUUGUAACUUUAAUUUUUUAAAUAUUUGUUAUGCAUUCUAUCAAAAAAUGUAUAUUUUUUAUAUAUUUUUUAUUAGGUACCUUUUUUUAUAUUAUAAUAAAACCAUUAUACUAUUUUUGCAUAAUCACCAGUGAAUAAAUCAAUGAUAAUUACCAAUACUGUGGCAAGUGGCAUUACUUAUAUUUUAGUUUGUAGGAUAUUAUUGAAAUAAACAACAAACUACAUUUAUUA